CCUCCGAGUCUCAUUUUCACUCAUGAUGAGUUGGACGGUGAAGACUUUGGUGCUCCCCCUGGUUCUGCUGUGCGUGUGGCGGCUGCAGGAAGGAGCCCAAGCCUGCUUUUGCCCGCCUGUGCAUCCGCAGACGCUGUUUUGCCAUGCAGGUUUUGUCAUCAAGGCAAAGGUGCUUGCACAAACAGCUAUUGGUGACUUGGUCAGGAAUGACAUUCAACAGAUCCAGAUGUUCAAGGGCCCUCCCAUGGCUAUUGAUGCCAUCUACACUACAACUGACCCUGGAGCUUGUGCACUGAGUCUGAACCAAGGUGGAGAGUAUCUUCUCUCAGGGAGACGGGCACCUGAUGGGUUGCUACAUGUCAUGUCAUGUGACUACUUUGCACCAUGGGACAGCCUGACCGCCACCGAAAAGCUCAACUGGGUACACCGCUAUCAAAAGGGCUGUGAUUGCCAGAUCACUCCAUGCCAAACUGGUCCAUGCAGCAUCAGAUCAGCCGCAUGCUUGUGGACGGACCCCCUUCCAGUCCCGACCCUUGGAGAGCAGGCCAAAAAUUUAGUUUGCCUGAAGAGAAAAGAUGGCUGUGCCUGGUACGGGGUGUCCCCCUCCAAGGGUGGGAAGAAAACAUGAGCCAGUUAAAGUCCGCUGUACAAAUGUCAGUUUUCAAAUAAAUAUUUCCAAGAAAGACUAUCAUGGCAAUGCUAGUUUU